GCUGAACGUUCCGUCCUAAUGUCGGUCAUCUGUCAGUGCGACAUACAUAACUAAAUAGAUAAGGAAGCCUUAUGUUAGUCAUAUUCCACGGCGAUGUGAUCAAAGCUUUGAACCAUCUUAAGUAAAGUGCCCUCAACCAAAGACAUGGCAGAUGAAGACACCCACCAGCACACAGCAGAUGUCAAGGAAGGAGAAACACCGUCAACAAAUACAGAUCAUGUCUCAGCAAGUGGCAAGCACAAACAGGAAGAGACUGGUAUUGAUCUGAAUGUAAAGGACUCAGAAGACAGUGAUUCAGCUGAAGAGAAGAUGGUGCCUCUUGCAGAAGGCUCUUCUUCUCCAGAUGAAGCCAGCACACUGACUGUGGAGGACACCAGCACCCCACCUCAGGAUGAUGACCUAAGUCAUGGUGAUUAUAACAGAUCGACAGCAGGAAAUGAGCAACAGACCACCAUCGGAGAGUACCAGACUGGGGAGAUGAAAGCAUCAAAAACAGCUACUCCACCAACCGAGGAUGACCAAGUAGAUGGACCCAACGCUAGACUUGAUGGCGAAACCACAGGCACAAACAACACGGACACUGUCGGAGGUGGAGAGGAUGACGGAAGCAGCCAGGGUAUACAGGAGGGCACCACCUCCCCGCAGACAGCGUCGCCACAGGAAGUCUCAGAUGAACAAGAGAUAGACGAACAGACGAACAACGUUGAAAACAUUGGCCCUGCCAUUCAGAGUGCUGAACAUACAGUUCCAGGGGUUACUGCAAGUCCUGCAGGAAGUGGCAGAUACCUGAUAGCACUGGGUAUAGUGGUAGUUGUUGCCAUCCUGGUGCAGCAUCUCCUCCCACCCGAGUCUCCACCUCAGAAAAACGAUAUGCAGCAAAUCGACAUCUUCCUCAAGCAGAUGGAUAAAUUAAAGACCCGGUUCCCUAACCAGCGUGCUGAGGUCUGGAAUAGGAGCAAGAUCCACCUGCUGAGGCACCUCCAGACAGCCCAGCCCACAGAGCCGGUCAGUUUGAUCCUGACUGCGGGCAUCAGAGCUGAGAGGACCCUGCGCUGCUUGGCUCAGGGCCUGGCCUCCGCCUUCUCAACUUCCCUCAACGCCUCCGUCCUCCACAUUGACGGAGUCAGUAAAGCCAGGCAGGACAGCGACCAGGUCAAACUGGACAUCGACAGCAAGCUGCAGGGAGCUUUCGAAGGAGACAAACCCGUUGCCGUCAUUCACCGCUUCGAGGAGCUGCCUCCAGGCUCCACGCUUAUUUUUUAUCGCUACUGCGACCACGAGAAUGCCGCCUACAAGAAGACUUGUCUGAUCUUCACAGUGCUGCUGGGGGAAGAAGAGGAGAUUCCCGCCAAGAGUCAUUUGAGUGCUGUGGAGGAGAUGGUGGACGACCACCUUCAGAGGAAGUUCAUCUCUGAAGGCCGUCCUGUAUCUUUUGACAGGAUGGACCGUGACAAGUACGGUGGACUGUGGAGUCGUAUUUCUCACCUCAUCCUGCCUGUGACAGCAGAGGAAAGGAUGGAACAAGAAGGAUGCAAGGGGACAUGAUCACUCUUGUUGUUUUACUCUAAGCCCUAAACUCUACCGCCUAUCUAUCAGCUUUGUCACUGGGUGACUCUGGUCAUUCUGAGGCCAGUAGCAAUGGUUUUCAAGAUCAUGGGAUUUCUUAGAAGCAGACUAUAUUGAAGCUCACUACAAACAAAAGCAUCAAGUAGAAAGACACUUAAGAUUAUGCUAUAGAUCUCUGUAAACAUUUUUGUGGACAUCCAUCAUAAAAAAACAAACUUGACACAAAGGAUGUGGUUAUUUGCUUAAAUGGAAUUUUAGAUAAAUUGCUAAAUGAAUAGCUCUUCAAUUGGGGAGGUUGAUUUUACAGUGUUUGUGCAAUUGUAAUGAUAACUACUGUAAUUUGUGUAAAUUUUAAGUUAUAUAAUGUAAAACCUGAUUAUUCUCCUAUGGAUAAUGAUCAGAGUUACAAGGCAUAACAAUUCUUUGGGUAUCGCAACACAUGGAUUAUUUUUUAUUACUGUCACAAUUCUCAAACCUAGAUGGGACCACGUGCCUUAACAGAAAUUCCCAUGCUUCAUUUUCUACAUACAUGUAUCAUAUGGAAGAAGUUCGAGGAGAAGUGUAUACAGUGAAUGUACCUCCAAGUACAAAUAAACAACUAAAUUUCAA